UGCGCUCAGAAACUAGAAUUUGAGCUACUCUUUGCCUUUCCAUCGGAGAGACGUAUUUGCCUUUUUUUUCCUACCCGCGCCCGAUUUCUCUUGUUGACACAGUAUUACUAGUACCCUUACCCAAUCAACACCCAUGAUACAUUGGUCACUUCCAAAAAAUGGCAAAUUGUUGGCUUUCUUAGCCAGCAUGGUUCAUGUCAGCCCCUGGAUUCAGGGCUUUCCAACACACCCCCAUCGACCUAUCCCAUCCUUGGCGGCUAACAUCUCACCCACCAAUUGGGAGGCGGCGGAUGAGGCCAUAACCAAGAUUGGCCCCGGCCGCAAGGCCCUCCUCAUGACUUAUAAUCACGGUGACGGCAUCCUUCGCAUUCCUGGGGCAAACCCUUCUGGUGAUCAAUACAUGGUCUAUCCAAUGACAGAAAUUGCCUUCCAUCAGGUUCCCACUCAUAAAUCGCCGUAUCUCCACGAUGAGACCAUUCUGCUUCAUAAGGAGUUGAUCCCAGGUCAUGCGAUUCCCGUUCUAAACUAUGACCUGAACCUAAAAUAUGAUCGAGCUCAAACAUCUCAUCAGGCGCUGCCACCAAAAGCGCCUUCAACAAGGUUACGGAAAGAGGCAGAGCCAUUUACACCUCUUCAAUCAAAUGGAAAGUCAGAAACACUGCGAAGGAAUGCGGCCUGUGAAGAAAAAACGAAUAUUGAUGAGCCCACCGGACAACGAAAAUCCAUCAACGCCCAAGGACUGUCCAUUCCCAUGAAUGGAAUAUUAAAAGGUACAAUGCCUCCAGCUACCCACUUUUCGAGCAGAACAGAGGUGGUCGCAAAUAUUUCGAAGAUGGAUGAGAAGAUGAGCGAGGAGUUGCCCAUAGAAGCCUUCGUAGCCUGCCCAAGUAAUCUCAAGCCUCCCGGGCCAAGCAACCAAGGCUGCCCUAAUAACAAUUUUCAGAAGAAGAAUAUCGAUAAGGAACGACUGGAUGAUCCAGUCUUAAACACAGCUGGGGCUGCGCCUGCUUUCUCCUUAGGUGAAGAGGAGAUUUCUACGAAAGAAAAAGAAGGGGAAGGUCGAGCAUCCGAUCAUGCUGCGAGAUAUGAUGAAAUUACUGUUUUGAACCAUCGCAAGAAAAACGGGGGCAAUAUCGCCAAUAUGAACAUUGCCAAGAUCCCUGAGAGUCUUAUUCACGGACCAGCACAUGGAAUCCAUGUUGAACCUGCACCUGGGAAAGAAACUCAAAUGGGACAAAAAAGGAGUACCACCUCAACUGAGAUCCAAAGUGUCAGAAUCUCAAAUCAAUAAGAUCCCAUUGAUGGCUCCCAAAAUCGAUGUUGAAGAAUCAAUAACCUCUGCCAAGACAUUACAGAGAGAAAGGCCAACUUCCAAAAAUC